AGCAUUAGAGCCCGCCAUUCUUAGAUUUCGAGCAGGGACUCUCGAGCUCUGAGGGCGGCAAUGGCGAACAAGCUCAUCAGCCAGAUGGGUCUCCCCCUACCCAUCGCCAAUGUCUUCGCAGCUCGAAGCAUCAUUACUGCCAAGGAUGCUCUCUCCCUUCCAGAGUCUGAUCUGAUGGCUUUGCUCGACUUGGGCCGUGACCAGGUUUUGAGCGCCAUCGCAAGGAUCAGCGAGAUCACAUGUCCGCCGUAUCAAACUGUGCUUUCGCUCAUGGAGGACCGUCGGAGUAGUGGAUGCCAUGGUGGGCGUCUCCGGACGCUGUUGAAGGGUCUUGAUGAGGCUCUGGGUGGAGGAAUACCUCCCGGUUUGCUGACAGAGUUGGUUGGCCCCUCGGGCAUUGGUAAAACACAAUUUUGCCUAAAGCUUUCACUUAUUGCGGCAUUGCCUACUUGCUAUGGAGGGCUAAAUGGUCGUGUAAUAUAUAUUGAUACAGAAUCUAAGUUUAGUUCACGAAGGAUAAUAGAGAUUGGAGAAAAUAGUUUUCCACAGAUAUUUCAAACUGAAGGGAUGGCACAGGAGAUGGCUGGGAGAAUUGUCGUGUUGCGACCAGCAUCCUUAUCUGAAUUUACACAAAGCUUGGAAAAGAUCAAGUUAUCCCUUAUUCAGCGUGAGGUGAAUUUGUUGAUCAUUGAUAGCAUGGCAGGUUUAAUAUCAGUAAACCCAAGGGAGAAUGAAAGCUGUACCAGAGGUUCAAGGCAACAACCACUGGGAUGGACCCUUUCAUUUCUGAAGUCAGUUGCUGAAUUUUCACGGAUUCCUAUUGUGGUAACAAACCAAGUAAGGGGACAAAGUACUGAAGCAUUUCAUUAUCCAUUUGAAGGACUUGGAGGGGAUGACAAUGUAACCUCUGAGAGGCUUGAAUCACAUCUCGUUGCUGCUCUAGGCAUCCAAUGGGCUCAUGCUGUAACAAUUCGUCUUGUAUUAGAGGCUCAUUCAGGUCAGAGAUAUAUAAAGGUUGCAAAGUCCCCAUUUUCUCCACCAUUAGCUUUUCCAUUUAUCGUCGAUUCAUCAGGGAUUGUACCAUUGAGCGAUGAUGGCAUUGAACUGACAGGGCAGGAAAUAAGCACAAUCCGUUUUCAAGUGCAACAAAUCUAAUCAUGUGAUGGCUGAAGUUGUGGUACUUAAGUAUUUGGAGAUGAUUAGCAAGGUAGAGCAAGGCCACAAAGGCGUGCAGCAAAUCUGGAAGGCUUUGAAGGGAGCCUGUUCUAGUAUUUCAAAAUUUUUAGAAUAUUUUUUUUUUUUAAAUAUACAUAUUUGCAAAAAUGACUACUGAAUUCUAACCAGAAAACUGUAGCACACAACACUAAAAGUACAUUUUAUAAUGCUUGCACUUUUAUAUGUGAA